UUGAACGUUUUCCCCUCAUAGUCAGACCAUGUGCCAAAACCAACUGUUUCUGGUGCAGUGUCUCAAACCAGCUUCCCAUUCAUCACCAUCUUCUGGAGUUAACUUCUUUUUAAAUGUUUGUCUUUGAAUGACACCAAUCAAGCGACCUUUAAUUGUUUCUUUUUUGCAGUUUUUGCAGUUGGAGAAGUGUCAUUUCUGACUCUGACACAGAGAUUGUCAUAAAAAGACCCCUCACAACGUAGGACCUAGCUAACACGCUAGUGAGUGCUAUGUAAAGCAUAUUUAGGUGUGUUUUUUAAUAACAAUGUUGUCUUUUGUUGUGUUGAGUUCUGAUCAUCCCCAGUGUCUUUUUAAUGCUUUACUACAGCCAUGUGAACCUGCCCAAUACAGACGAAUACAGAGGAUAUUCGUCCAAGUACCUCCAGAUGUCCUGGAAUGGUGAGAACAUAUUAGAGGUUUGAUUUUGGAGUUUUUGUUUUCAAUAGUCUAGUAUAUUGAAAAUUAAAGGGGUCAUUGACUGGGUUUUGGGGGUAUUUCACACUGUUCUUUAAGGUCUCCAGGUAUGUAACAUUGGUUGGGCUGAAAAUGGCCCGGGUCCAUUUUCAAUAUCCUUUUAAAAACUUCCAAACUAGCUCCUUUGUAAUUCCUGUGGAAGUACACAAAGCAGUGCGCAGCUAAACUAGUGUCUGAGAUCCUGGGUCAGAACACCAGAGGGCUGGUCUGUAUGUACAGGUUGGGGGGUGACAAACGCGAUGCUACAUUUGUGAUGUCAAAAUUCAGCCUUUUCAAAACUGAUUGUUUUACAGCUGCAGUUUCAGGUUGUGAGAUUUACAUAGGAAAUAAGUAUCAAGGUUCACUGUACGUCCAUUUUACCCACCCAACUGUUGUUAUUCAACUAUGACAAGGUGAAAUCGGUCCCCUUUAACACUCUUGAUUACUGAUAAGAAGACACACGGUAUGUUUCAUGAUAUGUUGUGUACAUAUUUUCUUGAUACCUUUUUGCAGCAACUACACAGACCGGUAUGCACCUAUUGUCAUUGAUAACGACUACGAUGAUGACGAAGAUGAAGUUCUAACUGUCAAAGAAAAUAAUGAGGCAUCUUCUAAAGAACCAAUGGGGCAGUGUGUGCCUGAAUAUCAACCACCAUUUUCUUUAACGCCUAGAAGAAGAAGAUUCACUCCCGUUUCCAUGGGUGGACGGCCUGCUCUGGAUCUAGCCUGUCCGAACCGCAUUCAACGUUAAACUAAAGGAACGAGGGAAAAAGUCAGUGAAUGUGCGGUUAAGAUUUGACAACUGAGAUUUGUACGUCCCUGAGAGAAAUCCAUUUUUACCCUCAAAAGACCUCCUGUUCCUGACCCUCUAUAAAACCCAUCUCUUUACCAUGAAUGAAGUAAAUAUAGUCAGAGAGGGGUGGCUUCACAAACGAGGUGAAUACAUAAAAACAUGGAGGCCGAGGUAUUUCAUGCUGAAGAGUAACGGUUCCUUCAUUGGCUACAAGGAGAAGCCUGAUCUAAGCGAACAGACCUCACCACCACUCAACAACUUCUCAGUAGCAGAGUGUCAACUAAUGAAGACUGAAAGACCCCGGCCCAACACAUUUGUCAUUCGUUGCCUACAGUGGACCACUGUUAUUGAACGUACAUUUCAUGUGGACAGCAAUGAGGAGAGAGAGGAGUGGAUGCGAGCCAUUCAGUCAGUGGCAAAUGGUCUCAAGAUAAGGGAACAGGAGGAAGAGGAACCGAUGGAUAUGUUCGGCUCACCCAACAAAAGCAGCCUGGAGGAGAUGGAGGUGUCCAUGUCCAAGAAUCGCUCCAAAGUGACAAUGAGUGACUUUGAGUACCUGAAACUUCUUGGGAAGGGGACAUUCGGCAAGGUGAUUCUGGUCAAAGAGCGGUCCACCGGAGUUCAUUAUGCAAUGAAAAUACUACGCAAAGAGGUCAUCAUAGCCAAGGAUGAGGUGGCCCAUACAGUUACAGAGAGUAGAGUGUUACAAAACACUCGACACCCCUUCCUCACGACACUGAAGUAUGCUUUCCAAACCAACGAUCGACUUUGCUUUGUAAUGGAAUAUGCUAAUGGCGGCGAGCUGUUCUUCCACCUGUCCCGGGAGCGGGUGUUUACAGAGGACCGAGCACGCUUCUACGGGGCUGAGAUUGUGUCAGCGCUUGAGUAUCUCCAUUCAAGUGAUGUUGUUUACCGGGAUCUGAAGCUGGAGAAUCUGAUGCUGGAUAAAGACGGCCACAUCAAAAUCACAGAUUUUGGCCUUUGUAAGGAGGGCAUUACUCCAGACGCAACCAUGAAAACCUUCUGUGGUACUCCUGAAUAUCUGGCACCAGAGGUUCUAGAGGAUAAUGACUAUGGCCGGGCAGUAGACUGGUGGGGUCUGGGUGUAGUCAUGUACGAGAUGAUGUGCGGCCGUCUGCCUUUCUACAACCAGGACCAUGAGCGCUUAUUUGAGCUCAUACUCAUGGAGGAGAUCCGGUUCCCCAGGAACCUGUCGCCCGAGGCCAAGUCCCUGCUUGCUGGCCUGCUCAAGAAGGACCCCAAACAGAGGUUAGGUGGAGGUCCGUAUGAUGCCAAAGAAGUAAUGAGUCACAAAUUUUUCAUCGCCAUCAACUGGCAGGAUGUGGUACAGAGGAAGCUCGCUCCACUCUUCAGACCGCAAGUGACUUCAGAGACAGAUACCCGGUACUUUGAUGACGAGUUCACAGCACAGACCAUCACGCUCACUCCUCCAGACAAGUAUAACUGCCUCGACUGUGAGGAUCCCAGCCAACAGGCACAUUUCCCGCAGUUCUCCUAUUCUGCUAGCAUAAGAGAGUGAUUGCAUCUCUGCCACACUCACACAUAAACAUACAGGAGGCAUGAACACAACCUUGCAGGUAUAAACUGAACAGAACAGAACCUCUCUUCAAUGAGGUCUUUGUCCAUCAGGAUCUAAGUGCCUCUACUCGUAGCCAUAUUGUUCAAUAGAACCAGACUACGGACAAAGCCUGGCCACAUUGGCUGUACUGUAUCAAACCGGACUUCAGUACCUCACAUAGUAAUAAGCACAACUCAACAACAUUGGCCAGUAGCACCUUCGAAUUGCCUAUAAACAGCUACGGCUGCUUUUUCAGACUAUAAUCCACCAACCAUUUUAACACACUUUUUAUGUUCUUUAUGGAAUCCAUACAGUUCCUCUAUGAUGUUUCCAAGUGCUUUUCUUCAGAACUAGCUGUUACCACCACUGAAGAUCGGUUUGUGACUGAGGGAGAAAGCAGCUGUGCAGUAUAUUGGCUAUGUGUGUGGAAAAAGGGGCAUCAUAGAGUCCAAAAUAUCAGUUUUGUCCAAAGGUCCCUGCCAUGAGCUUUUGUGACUUAAUACAUUGUUUGAUAUGCAUCAGGACCAAGGAAUACAUUGAUAACAUUUGAUGAUCAGUGUCCCUGCGGAUAUAAGCUUUUGAGAAAAGCAGGAAUUGUUUUUGUGAACUGUUUGCAAUAAAAACAAAUCACUUGUUUA